AUGGAAACGGAAUCGGAAUUGGAACCCUGGGAAGGGCUUGACAUCGACGACUCUGAUAUCUCGACCUUUCUCCGCCCCUGCAAACGCCACCACUCCAAUUAUUCUCUGAUUCCGGGCCCUGCCGGUGCUCUUCAGGCCGCCAUGAUUCACCGCAGAGCACAAACAUCCCCCGAGGACGAUCCCCUUCCCACUCAAGAAUUCCUAAGGCGUGUUGUCCAAAAUGGCCAUGAAACCGAUCUCGAUUUUAACUCCAAUCCCUGGCUUUCUGCCUUGGAAUUUGUUCAUCCACCACCACCACCACCACCACCACAAGGCGUGGUGGAUGAUGAUGAUGUUGUUACGCCUUUGAGCUCAAUCAAGAAGCAUCUCCAUGCUGGAAGAGUGCCCAAGGUCGUAGCUGUUAUCAAGUCCUGCACUCCUAACGGUUUUGGAGACAUGAUGGUUACCCUCAAGGAUCCUACAACCACUAUUGGUGCCAGUAUCCAUCGCAAAGUCUUCAAGGAAGGAGAAUUUGGGAAGGAUAUUACUGCUGGUUCAGUUCUAGUUCUUCAAAAGGUUGCUGUAUUUUCUCCCACUCCCUCUACUUGUUAUCUCAAUGUAACAUUGCGCAACAUAAUCAAGGUCUUUUCCAAGGAGAGUGGACCUCCAUCACAACAAAUUUAUCCUGCAAGCUCAGGGAGACGCCCUUCACCUAAUAUAGAAAGACAUGAAAAGUCAUGGAUGCUGGGUAGUACAUUCUCUCUGCCUCAGGAAAGAACGGAAGGAAUCAUGACUGAUCUCCGUUUAGAUUCCAGGUUUAGAGAAGUAGCAGAUAUUGGUAAACAAAGGGGUGAAACUUUGGUUUUAACAAACUCUCACUCUGAUCAUGAUGGAAACGACAAGACCCAAAGAUCUGUUUCAGAUAAAGAGAACUUAUCAGUGAGUCGGCAUGAAAGUGAGAUGGAAGACCAAGCCAACCCUCCUAAAUUGGGUGAAGGAGACAAACUAACAUGGACGGCUCAAGGCAAUAGUUCUUCAACAAACUCGGUUCAUAUAUCUGAUGGGCAAGAAACUGGGAUAAAAAAUCACUUAGAAAGACAGACGGAGGUCGUAAAUCCGAAAAGUUCAAUUCCGCAUUGGACAGAGGAACAGCUGAAUGAGCUUUUAGCAUUUGACUGAGAUAAUUUCUAUUUGUCAAAGCGAAGUACCGGACAAGAUGACGCUGAUAUGCCUAGUUUACAUGUAUCUUUUUGGUGCAAUAUUUAGCAGAUUAAAGGUGCAUGCUUUUUGUAAAUAUUCACA